AUGUCUAACGAAGAAAACCCCGCCGUGUUGAAAAAACAGCGAGCUGUCAUUAAAGGCUCUUGUACGAGAAUUAACACAUACGUAGAAGCUAUUACUAGUCCUACCCCGAUGGUAGUGGCUCAACUCGAGGAGCGAAAAAAGAGGUUAGACAGUUGUUGGUCCGAGUAUAACCAAGUGCAAACGCGGUUGGAGAUGCUCGAUGAGGCCGAGGGCGAGGACCGGUUUGCGUUCGAGGAGGCCUUCUAUGCCUUGUCGGCUAAAAUUCGAGGGUUGUUGAGUUCGCCAGUACGCAGCGCCGACGCAUCUCUUCGGCCGGUAACACCUCACGAACCGCAGGAAUCUUUGACGCACGUGCGUCUGCCGAAAUUAGAUCUUCCAUCGUUCUCGGGCAAAUACGACGAAUGGUUUCCGUUCUUUGAUGUAUUUAAUACAGUUAUACAUUCUAAUGCAUCUCUUAGCAAGGUGCAAAAGUUUCAGUACUUGAGGGCUUCCCUAACCAAUGAGGCAAAGAAUAUAGUAAAUUCCUUGGAGAUAUCAAACGCGAAUUACGAUGUCGCGUGGAAACUGCUCAAAGAACGUUAUGACAAUCAACGAGUUAUCGUUCAGAACCAUAUCAAGGCGAUCAUGGAACUACCGUUGAUGAACAAAGAAAAUUAUGCUGAACUACGACAGAUCGCGGACGGAGCCGCGAGACAUCUACACGCCCUUCAGGCAUUGAAACGCCCGGUUGACCAGUGGGACGAUUUGCUAAUCCACGUCCUCAGCUCAAAGCUCGAUCCGCGUACGUUACGCGAGUGGCAGUCGUCUCUCACGGGCACUGAAUUACCUAACCUCAAACAGUUUUUUGCCUUUCUUACGCAUCAAUGCCAAAUGCUCGAGGCUACCGACAAAUCGAGCGCUUCAAACGUAAGAAGUGGUAGCAUUCGCACUCGUUCGCAAUCGAGUUCCAAACAACAAGCAUCUUGCGUCGCGACAGUCAAAUCUAAGUGCAGUUACUGCCAGGGUGAACAUUCCAUUUAUUAUUGUAGGGGCUUCUUAGGACUCUCGGUAUCACAGAGAAUAUCAGAAGCUCGCAGCCGAAAGAUGUGCCUCAACUGCUUGCGAUCUUCUUCCCACGACUCAAGCAAGUGUACGUCAGGAAGUUGUAAGGUUUGUCAAGCAAAACACAAUACGCUGCUUCACGCAACAGCGACACCAGCAAAUUCUUCGGACCACGGCGGGGACAGCGGUGAAAGGCCUAAAGCGGUUAGUCAGGUAGCUAGCCCUGUCACUAGCGUAUCUAGUUUGGUUGGAGGCAGUCACGUCAUGUUGUCUACGGCUAUCGUUUACGCGUGUGAUAGUCAGGGUUCACUUACGCCGUGUCGCGCGUUGCUGGAUUGCGGUUCGCAAGCAAACUUCAUGUCAAAGAGUCUAGCAAACCGUCUCAGGUUAAAGCCGGAGUACUUAAACGUGUCUAUUUCCGGCAUAAGCGGCACUGCCGCAACUUCUACGCAAGUAGUUCAAGUCAGAAUACAAUCCCGAUUAAGUUCAUACACAAACUCCAUCAGUUGCAUUGUUACAGAUCGUGUGACUGAAAGGCUCCCAGCGUUCACGCUGAAGCGCAGAGCAUUAGACCUCCCACGCAAUCUCCGGUUGGCUGAUCCUCAGUUUCAUGUUUCGUCGGAGGUGGAUCUCUUGCUCGGAGCGGAUGUGUUUUGGGACCUGCUGUGCGUAGGACAGAUCAAGGCUUCUAACAAGCAUCCUACGCUUCAGAAAACGCUGCUAGGAUGGGUCAUUGCAGGUCGGUUUUGUGGUUCGACUCAAUCACCACACAAAGUACACUCGUGUCACGCCGCCGUAACGAACGUUCAGUUGCACGAACAGUUAAGUCGCUUCUGGCAAUUAGAUCACAAUUUCGAACAGGUAACCAGUUACACUAUCAACGAGAACCUGUGCGAACAACAUUUCUUAAGAAGUGUAACUCGGAACCCACAGGGUAGGUUCGUAGUCAAACUGCCCAUCAAGGAGCAGGUGUUGCACAAGCUCGGAGGUUCAUAUGACAUCGCGUUAAAGCGGUUGAGAAGUCUGGAAAGACGCUUUCAACGUGAUACGGAUCUUAAAGAUCAGUAUACACAGUUCAUCAAGGAGUAUUUGGCGUUGGGUCAUAUGCGACUUCUCGACUCGCAGCCCGUUGACGAUUCCAUGUCCUGCUACUUACCGCAUCACUGCGUGUACAAGGUCACGAGUCAGUCACGCAAACUACGCGUUGUGUUCGACGCGUCCUGUAAGACUAGCAGCGGCGUGUCUUUAAAUGACGCUCUCAUGGUCGGUCCGGUCGUGCAGCAGGACUUGAUGUCUAUACUGAUUCGAUUUCGCAGUUUUCGUUACGUCUUCACGGCGGACAUAGUAAAAAUGUACCGUCAGGUUCUGCUAGACCCUUCGCAAACGCGCCUGCAGCGAAUCCUGUGGCGUGACGACCCUAACGACAGAGUCGACGCUUACGAGUUGAAUACGAUCACCUAUGGCACUUCGUCUGCAUCUUACCUGGCUACUCGAUGUUUGUUGCACUUAGCCGAACAGCACUCUUCUCAGUUUCCCGUUGGUGCAAACCGCGUCAAACGGGAUUUUUAUAUGGACGACUUGCUCACCGGAGCGGACUCUUUGAGCGAAGCCAAGCUAGCGCGAGACGAAAUCAUAGGGCUGUUAAGGCUGGGGUUGUUCGAGUUAAGCAAAUGGGCGUCUAGUUGCCCAGAGUUGCUCGAGGGCCUGGAUGAUCAAAACCGAGAACUCGUUGUCAUAAAAGGUGAAACAGAUUCGUGUAUUCUAGGAAUUCAGUGGAAUCAGGUUACCGACACGUUCCAUUUUUCUUAUGAGCUAAGUUCAACAGGUGACGUUGCGUCUAAGCGCAUGAUCCUAUCCGAAAUUGCAAGGUUGUUCGAUCCACUGGGCCUUUUGGGGCCGGUCGUUGUUGUCGCGAAAAUAAUACUUCAGGAUCUCUGGCAGGCGGGCGUUCAGUGGGACGAGUCCGCACCCCAGGAGAUCCAUACUCGCUGGUCCGGACUUAAGUCUCAGCUGACCAGUUUAAACCAGGUGCAGGUUCCCCGUGGUGUCAAGUUCAGGUCGGAUCCGCACCUCGUCCAGUUACACGGGUUCUGCGAUGCCAGUCAACGAGCGUACGGGGCUUGCGUCUACGUACGCACUCGACUCGGACUAAACGAGUGGCGUUCUGAGCUGCUGUGCUCAAGGUCUCGAGUCGCACCGCUCAAGGCGGUGUCCUUGCCCCGGCUAGAAUUGUCCGCCGCGUUGCUGCUAGCUCGGUUAGUAGUCAAGGUCGGUGAGGCUUUGAGUUUAACUUCGGUGCAGGUCUUCCUCUGGUCGGACUCCACCAUCACUUUAAACUGGAUAGCUUCGCCAUCCAGAAGGUGGACGGUGUUUGUGGCGAAUCGGGUCGGGGAGAUACAACGUCUAACCGAGGCUAAGGAUUGGCGUCAUGUAGCUUCACAUAGUAAUCCAGCUGAUCACUUAUCGCGCGGAUUAGAUCCUCACGAAUUGUCUAGCGCGUCGCUGUGGUGGCAUGGGCCCUCUUUCUUACAAGCUGAGGAGGAACAUUGGCCGGACACCGGGUUUCAGCGAUUAAAGGACGGUAUGCCCGAACAAAGGGCGGUAGUGGCCACCGUGGCCGUAAUUCAAGAUCACGUCGUCAAUGAGCUGCUAGUCAGGGUCUCCGGCCUCAACAGGGCGUGUCGUAUCCUGGCUUAUUGCCUAAGAUUCCUCAAAGCGCGACGACCGACCUCGCCCACCAGACUCGUAUCCCACGAGGAGGCGGCGUUCGCGCUAAACGUUAUGUGCAAAACGGUGCAGGCCCUGGCAUUCCCUGGUGAAGUCGGAGCGCUGACUAGGGGGGACAACGUCAACGCUCGUAGCAAUAUACUUUCGCUAGCUCCGUUUGUAGACGAAGGUGGUUUGUUGCGAGUAGGUGGCAGGUUAAGGAAUUCGGGUCUGCAGUUUGACGCUUGCCAUCCUGUUUUGUUACCCCGCAGCCACACGUUAACUUUACGGAUAGUGGAACACGAGCACCUUCGAAACAUGCACGCCGGGACUCAAGCCACCAUGGCAGCCGUCAGGCAGCGAUUUUGGCCGCUGUCGUUACGAUCCACCACACGUAGAGUCAUACAAAGGUGCGUGCCUUGUUCCAAGGUCAAACCGCGGAUGUCUGAGGCCAUAAUGGGUGCGCUGCCGGCCGGGCGCGUCACGGUCUCGAGGCCUUUCUCACAUUGCGGAGUCGAUUACGCCGGGCCGGUAGUAUUGAGAGAGGGUAAGAGGCGCAAUGCCAAAAAUCAUAAAGCGUAUGUAUCAGUGUUUGUUUGUUUCGCUACAAGAGCGGUACAUUUGGAGUUGGUUAGCGACCUCACUUCGGACGCGUUCAUUGGCGCGUUUAAACGGUUCAUCUCGCGACGAGGGAGGCCCUCUCACAUGUACUCAGACAACGGAACCACAUUCGUAGGAGCCCGAGGACAGCUCAAAGAGCUGUAUAGUUUUUAUUGUAAUCAGCAAACGCAGUCCGACGUUGAGCGAUUUCUGUGCGAGCAGGAAAUCUCGUGGAAUUUCAUUCCCCCGAAUGCCCCACAUUUCGGCGGGUUGUGGGAAGCGGCGGUUAAAUCUGCCAAGCAUCAUCUAGCUCGGGUAGUCGGCAAGGCUCACUUAACGUUCGAGGAGAUGCAAACGGUACUUUCGGAAAUAGAAGCAAUCCUUAAUUCUCGCCCUCUUACUCCAUUGAGCGCGGAUCCGAAUGACCUAGCAUAUCUAUCUCCGGGACAUUUCUUGGUUGGCACGGCGCUGAACAGUUUCCCUUGCCGCGAUCUAAAUGAUGUAAACGAAAAUCGACUUGUGCGUUGGCAAAGAGUAGAACAAAUCCGACAACAUUUUUGGCGCAGAUGGAGUGCAGAGUAUCUACAUUCACUGCAGGAACGGCACAAGUGGAAAAACAACAAGGGUCCUCAAUUAACACCUGGCCAAGUUGUUCUGGUUAAGCAGCAAAACCUGGCUCCGUUGCAGUGGACGUUGGGACGAAUUCAGGAGGUUCACCCCGGACCUGAUGGCGUCGCACGAUCCGCUACUGUCAAGACCGCUAAGGGUGUAUUUGUAAGGCCGUUGUCGAGGAUCGCCGUAUUACCCUUGGACACGUGA